UUACAAGCUAGAUCAUCUACGCGAAAAAUGGCUGCCAAGUUGGAACUUCAAAGAGUACAAAUUUUGUGCUCUUGCAAUGCUCGUUCUCCAAUCACGCAACUUUAUUUCUGCAAACACUGCUUAAAAAUAAGAUGUGGAAAAUGUGUCUCCCACGAGGUGGAUUCUCACUACUGCCCAAACUGCCUGGAGAACAUGCCGUCGGCCGAGGCCAAGUCCAAGAAGAACCGCUGCGGGAACUGUUUAGACUGCCCUAGCUGCCAGCACACCCUGUCCCACCGGGCCACCAGCGUGGCUGUCCCAGACCCCAGGGACCCUACUAAGACCACCACCAAGAAGGCUUAUUACUUGGCUUGUGGACUGUGCAGGUGGAGCUCUAGGGAUGCUGGAAUGCCUGAUAAAGACUCAGCAAGUGGACCCUGGUUGGAGCCUGAGAAUGCUGGUGCAAGAAGGAUCACAGAUUUGUCAGACUACUACCACCAGCUUGCCAAGCAGGAGAAGAUGGAGAGGGAGCACAAGAAGUUCACCAGGAGACGAGCGUACUUCAGGCUCCAGGAGAAAUACCUGUCCCCUGGAGCCCCAGGGAGAAGAAGGAGCAGUGCUCUUCUCUCUUCCUUCACUGGAUUGGCGCUAAAAGACGAGCAAGCAACCAUCAUCCCUGUCGAGCCAGCAGUAGCUUCCGAAGAAGUGGAUGCCCUGCCAAACAAGAUACUGACACAGCCAGUCGUGCUGGAGAAAAUUUGUACAAUCAGACAGCGCUUACAGCACCCAGAUCAUCACUGUGUCUCAGUAGAACAGAUGUACCCUAGGCACAAGCAUCUGCUCAUCAAACGCUCUCAGAGAUGCAGGGAAUGUGAGCAUAACCUGAGCAAGCCGGAGUUUAAUCCAUCCUCUAUCAAGUUUAAGAUCCAGCUUGUUGCAAUCCAACACAUCCCCGAUGUGCGUAUCUUCUUGGUACCCAACCUCCACUACGGCAAGGAGAGCAUCGUGACCCUGAUAAUUAGCAACCCUAAUGAGAAGAGAAUGUCUAUCAGGUUUGACGGAUCGAACCCAAAGGAGUGCGAAGACACUCAUGCUACUGCACAGGUGAUCCCUCCUGAAGAUGAGCUGAUGCUUGGGCCUAAGGACCCGACUGCUGAAUUUGAUGACAGUACGGCUGACAUCCAGUAUGAUGCUUACAACGACAACACUGAAUAUGUGCAAUUCCGUAAAGCUCACAAGCUUGGUGUGCUUUUCAAGGUCAUUCCACAAAGAGCAACUGACAAUGUUGUGGUUGUUUUCACGCUGAAGUACAAGUACAAAAAUACUGCCCCAGCCCUCAAUAGUUCACAAGAUGAGACAAGCUCUCCUGCAGCUGUAUGGCUAGAGCAUGAGGUCACUGUCGACAUUGGUCCUCUGGUCAGCGAAUAGGAGAGAAGCUCUCCCACAGCUGUAUGGCUAGAGCAUGAGGUCACUGUCGACAUCGGUCCCCUGGUCAGCGAAUAGGAGAAUGAGAGCUGAGUAAUAGUUCAACCUUUAGCGUUUGAUGGUCCAACAUGCUAAGACAACAUGUAUUCUGGGUUUCAUUAUAUCAAAGCUGUAGAGAUGGGAUUAUGAUUUAGUUUUAGGUUGGGUUUAUCGGUUAAGACAAGGUCUAACAGCGUUAGGUCCAGAUUCAAGAGUACAAAAUACACCCCCACUAAACAUGAGUCACAAGUGCAUAUGCCAUAGAACUUCUCAGCUCUGCUGAUGGUGUUUGUUCUCUUGGAGGUACAUGUAGAACACAAUUUCAAGGGCAAUCUUGGUCUCCUGGGCUCGUAUUCAAUUCAAUACUUAAGUACAAAAUUUAAGCUUUUUACUUAGUAUUUGGCUUAGAUAAAAUACUGAGCCAAUUAUGGUAUUCAAUUCACACUUUUGGCUAAGUAUUUUACUCUUAAUCUAAGCCAACUCCAUACCAGACUUAAGCCAAUUAUUUGGAGGCCUUGAUUGGCAGGCAUAUGAUUUUCUUACGCAGUAUUAUAACCUGCGUACAAUUAUAUCAGCGCACAUUUAUUGCAAUGCAUCAAUUGCGCAUUACUUUUGAUUGACCGUGUGACGUCACAAUGCUUAUCAGUAAGUAUUUUACUUCGAUUUUGUCUUACUUAGUAAGUAUAAGUCUAAAAAUUGGUAAUAAGAGCUUCCAUUUCAUUUUUUGAGAGGGGGGCGUUACCAAAACUGGUCUUUACCUUUAAAUAUCAGAUACCAUGUAGCCAUAUAUAGAGUCAAUGUGCAAUGCUAGCUGGUUAUUAAGUUUAAAGUUCACUAGACCAACUUGGAAGAGCGAAGAGGUGUCUUGAGAACAUAACCUGUCAUUAUAAGCCGUUAAAGUCUUUACUUGUAUAUUCAUGCACCAUAGGUAUUUGUAAUUUCCCAUAAAAAUAUUAAAUACACAAAUCCUAUCUACCUAGUUGACCUUUGACUAUAUAUAACAAUGGCACUCAACCCAUAUGCUUUUAAUGUGCAGACUUUACAGUACCUCGUAGUGCUUUGAUGCUAGUGCUGUAUUAGAAUAUAAUGUUAUCCCAUUAUAAUAAAAUGAGAUGAAAGCUAGCUUGCUUUAAUUAUUCCAUCUCAAUGUAUCUGAAAAAGGAGUUUUCCAAAGGAUGUGUGGCAGUUGAAGAUGACUACAUUUACUGGAUCACUCCUGCACAAACCCUUGUGAGACUUUGUACACCCAUUUACUAGUGUAAACACAUUAUCAAAAUCAAUGUACCGAUAAACAGGAUUUUAAUUUAGUUAUCCUUUUUAGGUUUGUAAAAUAAACUAAGACAUAUCACAUCUUGCCAUUUGUAAGUAAAUACAUGUAUACGUGAGAAAAUGUGACAUUAAAAGUGUACAUAAUAUGACCAUCUACAUAUUUAUAUUUUCUGUGCUUGCAGUUAAUGUGCUAUAAAACAUGUAAGAAUCUUGUUGGAGGAAGAAAUACCAAGUAAUCAUGGGAUGUAUAUAUUAAAAAAUUUGUAAGAAUGAUACUUUUUUUCCCUUAUAGUUUAGAUAUCAUUCAAGUUUGUCAAAACCAUGAUUAUUGUGAGAGCAUGUUCAUAAUUUACAAAUGAUUAAUUUACAUUAAACAUGAUUUUUGUGUGUUGAUUUUCAUGCAUUGCACUCAUGUAGAACAGCUCAAGUGCUCCAUUAUGUAUGUGAUUAAAGCAACAGAAGUAGAUUUUGUUUUGGUUCAUUGUAAACGAUUACGAAACUGAUAAAGUUUUGUCAUUUGAUUUAUUACGCAAAAGGAAUCGUGUUCAUCUACCCUACUAUCAUUCCAUAUCUGAAGUUUAUGAAAUUAAUGUAUUAUUGCAUGUGAAAAUAGCUGUCCUAUGUGCAAAAUAAAAUUAUCAAAGUAAAGCGGUAAAUGUCAAUG